AUGAAAGUAGUUCAUUUCGAGUUGACACUAUCGAAUCCACAGCUUUCUAGCGAGGGUGUAGAUGAUCGUUCUGCGAAGGAUGUCCUGGACUCUCGGGCCGUAAUCUGUUGGAGGGGCUUGCAGACAGACGUGGACGUGCUAAUGCCCGAUCGGCAUAUGGAUAUACGUUUCUCUGUCACAGACGCUGAGACGCUUACUUCUGGCGAGGGGCCUGUGGAGCUGCAAACAUAUUUAGCCGACCUUCAUGCCUUCUUGGACUCUUCAGAUCCCGACGUUUUGCAACCUAACCCUCCACUGACACUGAACUACGAGGGGAUUGAUUAUAUAUUGGACACUAGUGCCAGUGUACGCCAAAGCAAAGAAAGAGCAUUUUGGAUCUUGAGAGCAGUCAAAAAUCAACCGUCUGUUUACUGUCAUGCGACGAUAUGUCCGAGAAGAGUUGGACCGCGUUUCUCAGUGACUGCGAUGUUUUGA